AUGGCGGUGGAUAUCACGCUGCUGUUCCGGGCCAGCGUCAAGACCGUGAAGACGCGCAACAAAGCCCUGGGAGUGGCGGUGGGCGGCGGGGCUGACGGCAGCCGCGACGAGCUGUUCCGCCGGAGCCCCCGGCCCAAGAGCGACUUCUCCAGCCGGGCGCGGGAAGUGAUUUCACACAUUGGCAAACUGAGAGAUUUUCUCCUGGAACACAGGAAAGAUUACAUUAAUGCUUAUAGCCACAUCAUGUCUGAGUACGGGAGGAUGACAGACACAGAGCGAGACCAGAUAGACCAGGACGCUCAGACGUUCAUGAGGACCUGCUCUGAAGCGAUUCAGCAACUGCGAACACAAGCCCACAAGGAGAUACACUCCCAGCAAGUGAAGGAGCACAGGAGCGCCGUUUUGGAUUUCAUUGAAGAUUACUUGAAAAGAGUUUGUAAACUUUACUCAGAACAAAGAGCCAUCCGAGUUAAGCGAGUGGUGGAUAAGAAGAGACUAUCUAAGCUGGAACCGGAACCAAGGACAAAGACCAGGGCAUCCGUGUCUUCUGAGAAAGUUUCACGGAGUCCUUCGCAAGACUCUGGAGAAAAAUCUGUCACUGAGGAAUAUCCAGAAAAGGUUCCGGCUGAAUCCCAACCUGAAUUGGGCACGUGGGGAGACGGCAAAGGUGAAGACGAAUUAUCCCCAGAAGAAAUACAGAUGUUUGAACAAGAGAACCAGCGCCUAAUUGGUGAGAUGAACAGCCUGUUCGAUGAAGUGAGGCAAAUCGAAGGGAGAGUGGUUGAAAUUUCCAGGCUCCAAGAGAUAUUCACAGAGAAGGUUUUACAACAGGAAGCCGAGAUCGACAGCAUUCACCAGUUAGUUGUAGGGGCGACUGAGAAUAUCAAGGAGGGUAACGAAGACAUCAGAGAGGCCAUCAAAAACAACGCCGGCUUCCGAGUGUGGGUGCUCUUCUUCCUGGUGAUGUGCUCCUUCUCCUUGCUCUUCCUGGACUGGUACGACAGCUAGUCUGCCCUGCUCGCUCCUGGCGCAUGGGGCGCUGUCGAGGGUCUCCGGCAUCGGACCAGGGCUGUGCCCAGAUCCUACCACGGUGGGGGGAGGGGGCGGUGGCAGAGCUACGUGCUCCCGCAAAAGGGACACCCAGACCUGUGGUCUUAGCCCGUUUAGUAGCUGAAAAAGAAACUAAUGAACACAAAUUGACAGCGGACUGCGUGGCACUCCUGAGGCAGGGUGGAAGAGAGGGGGGUCGUUACUGGCUGCACCCAAACUGGCGGCCCACGUGGAGGGGCUGCCCGGAGGCGGGGCUCAGGGAGGCACCGACCUGGCCCUUCCAGUGGCUUAGGGAGGAGUGCUGGGUGAUAACUUCUCACGGCAAGUGACCAUCACUUAGUUUCCUGUGGCUUCUUGUCUGCCUGAGCCAAGUGCUGCAGAGUCGCUGCGUUGUAGAAAA